AAAGUAAUUAAAUAAAUGGAUUACCUUGGAGACAAACUGACAGUGGCACAAACUCACAUGACCCAGUGGAUGGGCACAGUGCGGAGAUCCUUGCAGGAAGCACUAAAUUUAGUCACUACUGCGGUGGCUCAUGAGCGGAGUGGAGGGGAAGGUGGCACCAGGACUCCCUUCAAGAGAACCUCUUCCUUCAGGCACUUUGCAUCCCGGAGCAGAGAGUCCUUCCGAAGGUUUUCAGUGCGGAGUCAGCAGAGGUUUUCCUCUUUGAGGAAGAGGCAGCCCAGCUCAGAGCCACCCGAGCUCGACCAGCUGAGGCAAUGCUUCUCCAGGCAGCCGCCGGGGGCGAAGGACACGGACACGCUGGUGCAGGAGCCCGACAGCCAGUACGGCACCUGGAACGAGCAGAGGCACAGCAGAGACAGCUUUGUGGGAGAAUCUCCUUCCCUGGACAAUGAGGUGGUGUCAGGGCGGAAGCAGCCCCAGGGCAGCCAUCCAUCCUCGCUGUCCUCACAGACAGAGCCACCCUCCCUGGCUGAGCACCAUGACAUCCCCAAAGACCAAAGGAGCACCAGCCUGGACCGUUCCAGCACAGACAUGGACUCCACUGAUGGCACUGAUUUGCCUCCUCCAGGGGACACCCUCCCUGAGGACAAGAGCAGUUAUUUCUCCUUCAUUGAUCACACAGCUGUCCUGGACUCCAGUGCUCUGAAGACUCGGGUGCAGCUGAGCAAGAAGCGCCGGUGCCGGGCGCCCGCGUCGCUGCGCAGGAGCAGAGGGCUGGACCUGGAGAGCAGGUUUUCCUUGACAGAAGAGACAGACAAUGGCUGGAUGUUCAAAGAUUCCACAGAGAAGAAAAAUAUGCAGCAGGAAGAUUCUGAGGAGGAAGACAAGAUCCAGCACACUCCGAGGUCUUCUUCUGUGCAAGCCCAGAGACUGCCUGUGUUCCCAGGGAUGGAUCACUCUGUCCUCAAGGCCCAACUGCGGAAAAGACAGGAGUCUGAGAGCACUGGUGACAUGGGCUCUGCUCAGCUCUUCAAAUCCCCCAAAGCACAGCUCGGCACUCCCGGCAGCAGAGUGCUGCCCUCCAGUGUGGAAAAGGAGGACAGGUCAGACGAAAAGUCUCCUCAGUGGCUGAAGGAGCUGAAAUCAAAGAAGAGACAGAGCCAUUAUGAGAAUCAGGUUUGAAAAGACAGUGAUUCUAACUAGGAGAAGAUAAAGAAGUUUAACAGAAGCCUUAACUCAUCUGAACCUAAACCCCCAUGUCAUGUUGCUGCUGUUUGCUUCCUGCCUCAACUGCUCUGUGCAUGGUGCCUUCCUGUUUUGUGGAGAAAAGCUGCUUCAGUUCAUAGUCAAAUACAAAGCUAUGUCUGUCAGGGCAGGGGGACAGUGGCACUUCAGACCUGCCUGCCAGGAGAACCCCCCUGGGUCACGGUUAGCACUUCAGAAAGUCUUGGAAAACAGAGAUAUUUGGGAGUGCUGUGAUCCAGGGAACUCCCCUCUCUGUGGAACACACUCUGUAGGUGUUCACCUCUGGGAGAUGUGUCUGGUUGGGCUUUGUGUUUGUUUAUGAAAAUAAUAAUUUUAAUCAAAUUUAUCUCUUUUUUUUUUCUUUGUUUUUUUUUUGUGAACAAAUAGUAAGCUCAUAUUUAGAAUGAAAUUUGUGGAAGGUGAGAGUGGAAGAACAAAUCAUGUUUACUGCCAUAUUGAAAAAGGAAACUUGAUUAUUUUUUGUAAAAUGUAUUUUUGAUUGGCUUGUAUUUACAUGUGAUCUGCUGACCUGGCAGAUGGAUAUAAUUUUUAGAUGAACAAAAUGUUAACUUUUGUCACUCUUGAAGUGGUAUAUUCUGUGUUUUGUCAGCAUGUGGAAUAAUUGCUUCAUUGGAAUGUCUUUCCUAAAAAUGAUCAAGCAAUAAUGUCAACCAGUUCUCUUUAAAAAAAAAAAAGUAAAAAUAUGUAAAUACUGUUUUUAUAACAAAAAAAAGGAAGGGAAGAGGGAGGAUGUUACACUCAUAUCAGGGUUCCAGUUAAUUGUUGAAUGUCACUUUAAUAGCAGUUCGGAUAGUCCCACUUCAUAUUUUUAUUUGUUAAUCUGUAAAUACCGGGUUUAAGUUUUUAUUUUUAUGCUGAUUUUGUGGGAUAGCCUAAAUGUGAUCUUGAGUUUCUCAGAUGAUUUCCUGUCUUUCCUUUGACAAGGUGUGCUGAUAGAGGAGUAGAGAUCUCCUGGACCACACGGGUGUUUGGGUAUCCCUAAUUCUCAGAUAUUCCCUGUCUCUGAGCACUCAUUCUGAACCACCAACCACCAUGGCCAUGGGAGCCAGGCUGGAUUCUUGCCCCAGAUAAGUGCUCUUCCAGUAACCUUUAAAAGCAUAGCCCAGGGAGGGAGGUGAUUCCAGGUGUUCCUCAGGCUCAACCAGGAAAACAUGGAAAAGGGAAAAGGAGAGUGGAGAGCUCUCCUCCCCUGGCAGAGCUCCUUGGGCUGCACUCCCCACGUCCUGCUGAGGGGCUCCUCUGCAUACAAACCAUAAAGCACCAGCACUUCAGCUCCUUUUCCUUUUGUCUUUUUUCCCAAUCAGCGUUUCGGGAGCGUGGCUCCCACGGGGCCUGCCUGGGCUACUGUCUGUCAGGCUUGGAGCUGCCAAAACCAUGUGCCAAUUCACCUUAUGGAGGAGUCACAGGAGAGGGAUUUGCAGUCCCAGUCUGCAGGAAAUAGCAGCAGGAUGGCAGGAGACAAGUCCCAUCUGCACAUCUCUCGCUCCCGGAUUUUAUUCCGGUGGCAGCUCCCUGUGCUCCCUGGAGAUGAGAUGGAGAUGUCUGUUCUGAUGUAGAAGUUUUUUUCCCCUGUUGCUUUGCCCUGUUUCUCACGGGAGCUGUUGCCACUGUUAGUUUGGCAGCCCCUCUGCUCCCUACAGAGCAGUGGUGCCCAGGAUUCCAGUGGAAUUUGGGGAUGGGCCCUGUCAGUGCAGCCACCACCAUUGACCAGCUCCAUUUAAAACCUUGCACAGAUUUCCUUCCUUCUCCUUUAGAUGAUGGUGGAAAAGGUGGCUCCUGGUAUGUUCUUUGGGGUGUAUUCCUGUGGCAGCACCCCAUGGGUGUGUCCCACAUGUGACACUCACCUGGGCCAGCCUGAGCAGCACGUGCAGGUGAGGAGGAUGAAGGUGGCAUGUCCAGAAGUCAGGCAAGUCCCUGCUCACAGGAACAUUCACACAGGCUGGGUUUUCCACUUCCACAGGUGACAGUGUUGCAUUCCCAACAGUUGGAGGAUUUACUGGUUCUUGGUCUAGGCCAGAAAUUCUGUAACUGUUUGUGUUGAGGAAACUGAGGGGAUUGACACGAGGUUUCCACAAAGCCCUUGAAUGUGUUUGCAUUUCCACAUCUGCUUGGACAAUGCACUGAAAUUACUGUAUCGAGUAGUUUAACCUACUACUGAGAAAUGUUUAAUGCUUAAAUGUCUAAUUAAAGAGCAUCUUUAGAAUGUUGUUGAAUGGGAAAGUGUUUUUUUUCUGCUCUGUUAUUUCUUUAUAUUGUACGUGGAUUAAAUAUCUUCUUCUCUUCGGGUUAUCACUCUGUAAUAAAAGAUAUAUAAAUAUGUUA